AUGCCGAAAAUCCGCCCAGGAAUGAAGCGGCCGCCACCGGGGUUUGAAAAAAUCAAUGACAAACUUGACGAAUACGACGCAGAGAUGCGACUGGCUCUUUCUGAGGACCCUUCCCAGGCUGAACUACCGGUGCCGUCCAAACGAAAGGACAAACAAAAUAAGGUUGAAGCGACUAAAGACAAGCAUGCUCAAAGUGUACAGCGCGGUGAUGGUGGUGUAGCGGGCCACUCGGACGGCGAAUUAGACAAACCGGAACCCCCCUUGUGGCGAGUGGCGCGAAUCAAUCGGGAGCGCACACGUUAUGUGUUUAAUGCGUGUUUCCGAGAGCGGAUAAUUGCGGAGGAGGUUCUCGACUACUGCUGUGAGAUGAAUUUCAUUGAUGCUGGUCUCGUUCGGCGCUGGUCACUUGCUGGGUAUGAACGGCUGUGUUGCAAUACUUGCUGCUUACCGGGAGCUGCUAGUGAAGCGGCUCGUAUGGUGAAUAAGUUUGCAAACCGUGACAAAAAAGAUCGGCGCACUAAUGGUAAUGAUGACACCGGGGGUACCUGCAUUUGCCGCGUGCCCGAUGAGAAGCGUCUGGCCAAGGCGUUCACUAGGUGUAUGGUGUGUGGGUGCUCUGGUUGUGGUUCGGGGGGUAAGCGCAAGCACGACACCGAGGAAAAAGAUAGUGUAUCCGACAUGAAAAAAGUACGCACGGACGACUACGAGGUGAAAUCGGGUAAAUAG